AUGGGUAGUUCUAACGAACAAAAGCUUAUUUUGCCGACUGGCAAGACUAUUCAAAUCCAAACUGGUCUUUUCAUAGACAAUGACUUCGUCGAUUCAGUCGAUGGUAAGCGCUUCGGAACCGUCGAUCCAACCACCGAAGAGGUAAUUACUACCAUAGCAGAAGCUUCUUCAAGAGAUGUAGAUUUAGCAGUAGAGGCUGCUACCAGAGCAUUUUACAAUGUUUGGUGUCAUGUUGAUGGAAGAGAACGUGGAAAACUAUUGAAUAAACUUGCUGAUCUUAUGGAACGUGACUUGGAUGAUUUGGCCGCUCUAGAAGCUCUGGACAAUGGGAAAGCUUUUAGUAUUACAAAGAUGGUUGAUCUUCCGGAAGCCAUUAGCUGUUACCGAUAUUUCGCCGGCUGGUGUGAUAGGAUUCAUGGCAAGGUAAUUGAAACGCAAAAUAAUAAAUUUUGCUAUACUCGACAUGAACCAAUUGGUGUUUGCGGCGCAAUCGUUCCCUGGAACUUUCCUAUUUGUCUUAUGGCCAAUAAAAUUGCACCAGCUUUAGCUUGUG